GCAACUGCCAAUGUCAAUAUAAUGUUACAUUAUUUUAUUGUUUGUGUUUGUAUGUUGAAAUCCGUUUCACAGACUUCUUAAAAAUAAAAAUUGUUAUCUUUUAAUUAUUUACAAAUUUAAACAUGAAGUUAACCGUUGAUGGUCUUUUGGUUUAUUUUCCUUACGAUUACAUUUAUCCUGAGCAGUAUGCUUACAUGUUGGAAUUAAAACGUGCACUGGAUGCAAAGGGCCAUGGUUUACUGGAAAUGCCUUCAGGUACAGGGAAAACUAUAUCACUGCUCUCGCUAAUUGUAGCCUAUAUGAUACAAAAUCCUCAUCAUGUCAGAAAACUAGUGUACUGUUCUCGUACACUUCCAGAAAUAGAAAAAGUAUUGGAAGAAUUGAAGAAUUUGAUGAAAUAUUAUGAAAAGAGCCAGGGUGAGAUUCCUAGUCUUACAGGUGUAGUGCUCAGUUCUAGAAAGAACUUAUGCAUUCAUCCUGAGGUAUCAAGAGAAAGGGAGGGCAAGCUAGUAGAUGGCAAAUGCCAUUCACUGACAGCGAGCUACAUACGAGACAGGAAUGCGCGGGACUCCAGCGUGCCUGUUUGUCAAUUUUAUGAGGGAUUCAACCGUGAGGGCAAAGAGUCGAUGUUACCUUACGGCGUGUACACCAUAGACGACCUCAAGCAGUACGGUGCUGAUAGAAACUGGUGCCCAUACUUCUUAGCACGGUUUGCUAUAAUCCACGCAGAUAUAAUAGUAUACUCGUACCACUACCUACUGGAUCCGAAGAUUGCCGAAGUAGUGUCUAAAGAACUAAACCGGGAGGCGGUGGUGGUAUUUGAUGAAGCCCACAACAUAGACAAUGUGUGCAUAGACUCGCUCAGUGUCAAAAUCACACGACGGACCAUCGACAAAAGUACGAGUGCUCUGCAACAGCUGGAGAAAACUGUCGCGCAGAUCCGCGAGGAGGACGCGGCGCGGCUGACGCUGGAGUACGAGCAGCUGGUGGAGGGGCUGCGGGACGCGGCGCUGGCGCGGGACGCGGACGCCUUCCUCGCCAACCCCGUGCUGCCCGACGAGGUCCUGCACGAGGUGGUACCGGGCAAUAUAAGGAACGCAGAGCACUUCUUGUCUUUCCUGAGGCGGUUCAUAGAGUACCUGAAGACUAGGCUGAGGAUACAGCACGUAGUGCAGGAGUCUCCGGCUGGUUUCCUAAAAGACGUAGCGUCCCGCGUGUGCAUCGAACGCAAACCGCUGCGAUUCUGCGCGUCGCGGCUCACGUCCCUCAUGCGGACGCUGGAGAUCCCGGACCCGUCCAACUUCUCCUCGCUCACGCUGGUGGCGCACCUCGCCACCCUCGUCUCCACCUACACCAAGGGCUUCACCAUCAUCAUAGAGCCGUUCGAUGACAAAACGCCCACCGUCUCCAAUCCGAUACUACAUUUCUCGUGCAUGGACUCGUCAAUAGCAAUGCGGCCGGUGUUCGCCAGGUUCCAAACGGUCAUCAUAACAUCAGGAACCCUGUCCCCACUGGACAUGUACCCCAAAAUCCUGGACUUCAACCCGGUGAUCAUGAGCUCGUUCACCAUGACCCUCGCGCGGCCCUGCAUACUACCCAUGAUAGUAUCAAAAGGAAGCGACCAAGUGGCUAUAUCGUCGAAAUACGAGACGAGAGAGGACGUGGCCGUCAUAAGAAAUUAUGGACAGCUGCUCGUUGAGAUAUCGUCGUGCGUGCCCGAUGGUGUGGUGUGCUUCUUCACGUCGUAUCUCUACCUGGAGAGCGUCGUAGGCGCCUGGUACGACCAAGGUGUGGUGGCGAGUCUACAGCGGCACAAGCUGCUUUUCAUUGAGACUCAAGACUCGGCGGAGACUAGCUUCGCGCUCAUUAAUUACAUUAAGGCGUGCGAGAGCGGUCGCGGCGCGGUGCUGCUGUCGGUGGCGCGCGGCAAGGUGUCGGAGGGCGUGGACUUCGAGCAGCACCUCGGCCGCGCCGUGCUCAUGUUCGGCAUCCCCUACGUCUUCACGCAGAGCCGCAUCCUCAAGGCGCGCCUGCACUACCUGCGCGACCAGUUCCAGAUCCGCGAAAACGACUUCUUGACGUUCGACGCUAUGCGCCACGCGGCCCAGUGUGUCGGCAGAGCUUUGCGCGGUAAGACCGACUACGGCAUAAUGAUAUUCGCGGACAAGCGGUUCAGCCGCGCGGACAAGCGCACCAAGCUGCCGCGCUGGAUACAGGAGCACCUCAAGGACUCGCUGUGCAACCUCAGCACCGAGGAGGCUGUACAGAUAUGCAAACGGUGGCUGCGUCAGAUGGCGCAACCGUUCACGCGGGAGGACCAGCUGGGUGUUUCCCUGCUAACUCUCCAGCAACUGCAGUCCCAGGAGCAACAGGACAAAAUCGAGAAGCAGGUCAUACAGAAAUGAGGAACGGAAAUAAAAUUUAGAGGAUCUCUUAUGGAGUUGAGACAGUGGAAGAAUAGGCAGUCUGGCCUUUAAAAGGAUCUGUAUACGACAUCGAACACUAAUAACUACAUUUACAGUCAUAAACAAUGGUGUCCCAAAGUUGACCAGGGUGUAACAAGGACACAUUACGACAGUAAUGCUAAAAAAAUGCUGUAAGAUUUAGUGAAGACGUUUUUGAACGCUGAUUGUGAAUUUUGUAUUAGUAUUAAAAAUUAUUUGCAUGGUUUUAACAUGGAUUUUUUUUUAUUACAAUACAAUGCAAAUUGAAUUUUUGAAUGACUAUCCCUUGUUAAAACAACGUUAAAACUCGAUGCGAUUGAAUACAAUUUGGCUGACCUUGAUUGGUCGACCUCAGUUAGCUGACCUUGAUUGGACGACCUUGCAUAUUGCAUAUGCUCGUGUUUAAUAAAUAUUGUAUUAAACAAGGAAUGCUGUGCAUUCGCUUGUAACUGAAGCGUACCUUUUUAUAAUGUCAUUAGUUGCUUGUAUUAUUGGUAAACAAUAGGUUAAUAGAACGGUUUUAUAAAAUUGUUUAUUAGCUAACUUAUGGCUUUGCGGCGCGUUUAUUAAAAAAUAACCAAGAAUGUGGUCUAGGUAUAUAUGUACAAUAAUAAAUUUAAUUCAUGUUUUAGCAUGAUUGAAUUGCCAGUAAUACAAGUACCAACAAGAUUAUAUUGAUCAUUGUUGUUCUAUUAAAAAUUUUUCUAUGA